AGUUAAAAACAAAAUAUGAAAAAUCUCACAAUUUUCCUAUUUGUUUUGACUCUUUGUUUGUUUGGUCAUGUAUCCAGCGCUGGAAUCAAGAUCAUGAACGAACUCAAAAUGAACAAAACAUUGUUGAUGAAAUGUUACUCCAAAAAUGAUGUACUAGGUCCAAAAAAAAUACCAAAUGGAGGGAGUUAUACAAAUUAUUUCAAGCGUAAUAUUUUCGGUAGGACGCGUUUUAUGUGUACUUUAUUACAAGGACCUAAAUUUAAACUUACUCAGAAAUUCAGAGCAUUUAAAGUCAAAGGCUUAUGGGAAUGGAGAGCAAGAGAAGAUGGAAUUUAUUUAAGAAGAAAAUCACAUGGGAAGACGUUUGAUGAUAGCACAAAGAAUCUGCAUAAAGAGCUGCAUAAAGAGUUUGAUUGGAUAACAAAAAAAGUUUCAUAACAAACUUCAAUACCCUUCAUUAAGACAUCAUUUAUAAAAACUGAAGUUUCAUUCUCCCUUUAUUAGUUUACAUGACAAUCCAUCAUCAAUAUAUAUAUGUAUUAUUUUCCGAUUAUCUUUUCUUUUAAGACUAUGUAAAAUGGUUUCUAAGAAGAGAAAAAUAAAUUAAAUUUUUCUAUUCAUAUUUUUGGCGUCAACUAAAUUCAUAUGUGACUCUACUACAUCAAU